AAAGGGUUCAUAAAGGGCUGAAAAUGUCUGCGAGAGAGCCCUCAAACACUCGAUGAUUUGACAGUAGGACAGCUCUAAACCCUCACGGGCUUUGCGGAAGCGUGCCUUUAACGUUCGUGAGGGCGGAGAUUAGGAUUGGGCCAAAGUGUGUCUGUGUGGCCUUUGGCAUUUCUGAACAUGGCUUCCAUGAAGAAAAUACUGGUUGCUGCUGUUGUUGCUGCCGUUGCAGCUUUCAUUGGACACCGAUUUCUGAAACUAAAGGAAAUCUCCCUUGCUUCCAGAGAGGUGCCUGUGAAACACCUCAAAUGUCAUUAUAUAAAGAAUAUUGAAUAUGGAGCAGAGGAUAUCACAAUACUAAGAGAUGGCCUGGCCUUUCUAAGCACAGGGUUACACGUUCCUGGACUGCCUCGGUUCUCCGAUGAACCAGGGAAAAUGUAUGUCAUGGAUAUGCUGCAUCCAAAGCCAACGCCAGUGCAGCUGCAAAUCAAAGGAGAGCUGGACCUCAGCUCUUUCAACCCACAUGGCAUUACUGCGUACAUCGAUGAAGCAGAUGACUCUGUGUACCUGUUUGUUGUCAAUCACCCUCAGCAUAAAAGCCAAGUGGAGAUCUUUCAUUUUGUUGAGGAGAACACACUUGUACACCUAAAAACUAUUACCCACCCUUUACUCCACAGUGUAAAUGACAUCGUUGCAGUCGGAGUAGAGAGCUUCUAUGCGACCAAUCAUCAAUCUUUUGCCAAUGAUGUGCUCAACUUUGUGACUGUCAUACUGGGUCUCCCCUGGUGUGAUGUGGUAUACUACAGUCCAAAGGAAGUGAGGGUGGCAGCCGAUGGCUUUCUGUCCGCAAAUGGCAUCAACAUAUCACCUAACAAACGGUAUAUUUAUGUUUCAGAUAUCAUGGGACAUUUGAUUGACGUUUAUGAGAGAAAAGAAGGAGAGCAAUUAAUGCACCUUAAGUCUGUAGCUGUUGGGUCACUCUGUGAUAACAUUGAGGUGGACCACAAGACGGGUGACAUAUGGCUGGGUUGUCACCCAAAUGGCAUGAAGUUGUCAAUGUUUGACCCUAAAAAUCCGCCCGGCUCCGAGGUCAUCCGGAUCCAGAACAUUCACUCCGAUCAGCCAGUUGUGAGCCAGGAGUACGUUGAUAACGGCCAUGUGAUCAUGGGCUCCUCUGUAGCAGCUCCCUAUGAGGGAAAGUUGCUAAUUGGCAGUGUUUUCCACAAAGCCCUGUGUUGUGAUUUUAAAUAAUGUGUGUAUUAUGUGUACUCACAACUGCUAAAGAAUAGAAAUGUAAAUAUGAUUUGGAUUGAUAUGGGAUGGAAAUAAUAAAAUCUUGAUUCCUCAAUUGCAGAAGAGGAAUAUUUACCCACUCCAGACACUGACUCAUUGUGUGUGUAAAGCAGGAAACUGUUGAAUAUUUAUUUAGUA